AUGACGACUUCGGAUUAUCUUGUUACUUUAUCGGAAGCCCAGGCACGGCUCCCUCCUCCGGUAGAAUCCAGUCAGUUGCUCGAGGAAAUCGAUCAGCAGGUGGAUCAGCUUCCUAUCCUCGUGGUCCUCGAUGACGACCCCACAGGCACGCAGACAUGCCAUGGAAUCAAUGUCUUGACAGUGUGGGAUGAAGCAACCUUGGUAGAAGAGUUUCACACAUGCGAUCGUGGAUUCUUCAUACUCACCAAUUCGCGCGCGCUCCCUACCGCGGGAGCGCGGAGGCUUAUAUCCGAAAUAUGUACGGCUGUGAAGCAAGCGGCAGCCCAAGCUCAGAAAACGUUUGAAAUUGUCCUACGGGGUGACUCGACCCUAUGGGGACAUUUACCCGAUGAGGUUCAGGUAGCCGAGGAGGUAAUCGGGCAGGUCGAUGGUUGGAUACUGGCACCGUUCUUCCGACAAGGCGGCAGGUUCACCAUUGACAAUGUUCACUCUGUGGCCGAUACUGAUGGGAAUGUAGUUCCCGCCGCCCAAACUGUUUUUGCAAAGGAUACGGCCUCUCGGUAUACAAGCUCCAAUCUAAUCGACUACGUAGUCGAGAAGUCAAAUGGCUCAAUUCCUCGCCACCGUGUGCGGUCGAUCUCUCUGCAGGAUAUCAGAGAGGGUGGUGUAUCUGUUGUGGCACAGCAGUUACUCGAGUUUGCUCCAAGAUCUAUUAUCAUCGUCAACGCCGUAGUUGAUACUGAUCUGGAAGUCUUUGUGCUUGGUCUACUACAGGCGAAAUCUGCUGGUCGGCACUAUCUUUAUAGAACAGGAGCUGCCUUUAUAUCCACGCGGUUGGCGAUGAGAUCACAGCCUCCUCUUAGUGCACGAGACGUGGGACUGGACGCUGAGGCAUCUUCUCCAGGCGGCUUGAUUAUUGCACGGUCCUAUGUGUCGAAAACGACCGAUCAACUUCAAGCUCUGACUUCAGGCCGUGGGCCCGAGCUAAAGGUCAUCACUUUGAACGUGGAGAAUCUUCGUAGUGCAGAAAGCAGCUACACUACUGUACUUAGUGCUGCUGAUGAGGCUGGUAGGUAUAUUUUAGAUGGACAAGAUGUCCUACUCAUGACAAGCAGACAACUGGUUAGCAGCCGUGGCGAACUAUCCAAUUUGCAGAUUGGAAGCAUAGUGUCUAGUGCGUUGGCUUUGUUUCUACGGCUGCUAAUUCCCCGGCCUCGAUAUAUCAUUGGCGGCAUCACUUCGUCCGAUAUAGCCACGACAGGCAUGCGCAUGCGACGUGCUCAAAUUAUUGGUCAAGCAUCAGCGGGAGUACCUAUCUGGCGCUGCGAUGAACCAUCAUCGAAGUUUCCUGGUAUCCCAUACGUCGUUUUCCCCGGCAAUGUCGGCCACGAAGACGCGCUGCUAGGUCUUGUUACGAAUUGGAAAAGCGGAAGCCCCGAGAAACGGCUGAAAAUGCAGUACCAACGACUUGGUAAUAGUGGACUGAAAGUGUCGAAGAUCAUCCUAGGAUGCAUGACAUUCGGCAAUCCGUCAUGGGAAGGCAGCCCAUGGGUCCUUCCAGAGUCCGAAGCGCUCCCGCUCCUGAAAAAGGCAUACGACUGCGGCAUCAACACAUGGGAUACUGCCAACACGUAUUCCAACGGGAUGUCUGAGAUCCUGAUCGGAAAGGCUCUAGAGCAGUAUGAUAUUCCGCGGAGUAAAGUUGUCAUCAUGACCAAGCUGUACUACCCGGUUCUUGACCCUGAUUCAAACGCUCGACCCAAUCCGGCUGUCAACGAUGGUGACCUGGUCAAUCAAAUGGGGCUCAGUCGGAAGCACAUCUUUGAGGCGGUGGAGGCAUCUCUUGCUCGACUCAAAUCCAGCUAUAUAGAUGUCCUACAGCUACAUCGCAUCGAUGAUACAAACCCCGAAGAGGUCAUGCGCGCUCUGCACGAUCUUGUUCAUAUGGGCAAAAUUCAUUACCUCGGCGCAUCAAGUAUGUAUUGCUGGCAGCUCGCCAGACUACAAUAUGCCGCAAAAAUGAACAACUGGACCACAUUCACCAGUAUGCAGGGUCUCUAUAACUUGCUGUAUCGUGAAGAAGAGCGCGAGAUAAACAAAUUCUGUCAGGCGGAGGGGAUUGGUUUGAUUCCUUGGAGUCCUCUGGCUCGUGGCUUAUUGGCCAGACCAUGGAAUGUAAAAACCGAUCGCUCCGUGAAGGACGCAAAGACUGCAAAGUGGUUUUCUGGUGAGCAGGAUCAGAACAUUAUUACAAGGGUGGUCCAGCUUGCGCGGUUGAAGGGAUGCAGCAUGAGUGCACUUGCAAUAGCAUGGUUGUUGACGAAGGGCGCUUGUCCGAUUGUCGGCUUGAAUAGUAUCGAGAGGAUCGAGUCGGCAUCCGAGGCGCUGGCAGUUCGUUUAAGUGAUACUGAUAUAAGCUUUCUUGAGGAGCAUUACAAGCCUCUUCCCGUGCAAGCGAUCUAA